AUGACAGAAGACGUGACUCCGACCCCAGUCGCUACAACUUCUAUUGAUCAACCAAUAGGUGAAAUUGUUGAAAAUUGGACACCUCGUCUUCACCCUCUUGCUAAUCCACAAUAUCAUACACUUCAAGAAACUCAUUUUACUUAUUUACCAUACGGACCAUUUAAAACAAUUGAUGAAUUUAAAGAACUCAUAAAUUUGAAAGAAUUAUCAAGUAGUAAUACUAUUCUCUAUAGUAUUCAGGUUAAUGAUAUUGCCGUUGGAUUCAAUGCUCUUGCAUGCAUCAAUCAAGAACAUGGUACCAUUGAAAUAGGACAUGAAAAUUUUAGUGCACAAUUAUUACGGACUCGUUCAGCUACAGAAGCAAAUUACUUAUUGUUACACUAUGCAUUUGAUAUAUUAGGUUACAGAAGAGUACAAUGGAGAUGUAAUGCAUUGAAUGUCAAAUCUUGGAGAGCAGCAUUACGAUUGGGUUUUCAAUACGAAGGUACAUGGAUCAAAGCAGAAGUUUGUAAUGGUCGAUCGAGAGAUAAUGCAUGGUUUAGUAUUAUCGAUGAUGAAUGGGUACAGUUAAAACAAGAAUUUCAACGUUGGUUGAAUUCAGAGAAUUUCGAUAGCAAUGGACAACAAUUAACAAAACUUAAUGCAGCACAAAUCAAUCCACGUAGUAAUGAAAAAAUGGAUAAGACUAGUAGAAUAUAA